CAUGGAUACAAUUAUGCCAGAUGAGAUGUUUGAUAAAACUAAUGCUUAGUUGAAGGAAUAGUCUCCUCACACUGGCAAGUCUGCUUUGUUUGUUCCAUGUUACCAGUCACAGUGAGUCAUCAGCUAAGACAAUGGAAAGGAAAGGAAAUGUGAUACUCUUGUCUUGCUGACAGAGUGAAAGUAGUAGGAGUACCCAGCAUACAGCAAGAAACAUAAAAAAGAAUCACUGUCUAAACAGGAUAAAUGGCCCGAGAAGACAAAGAAGCCCAGGAGGAUGAGUUACUCGCCCUUGCUGGUAUUUUUGAUGAAGAUGAAUUCAAAAGGGCUAAAUCUUCCCAGGGUGGUGAAAUUAGAAUUUGUGUCACAUUGCCACCAAACUUUAGAUUACUGGUAAAUGGCAGAAAUGAGCAACUUGAGUACAUAAUUGAUUUCUUGCCCCCAAUUUUACUGAAAUUUGAACUGCCUGCAAAUUACCCAUCAGCUUCUCCACCUGCUUUCACACUUCACUGUAACUGGCUCUCUGUAGAUCAGCUUACCAGGCUGUGUACACAGUUGGAUGAAAUCUGGAAAGAAAGAAGAGGUUGUGUUGUUUUAUUUUCCUGGAUGCAGUUUCUUAGGGAAGAAACUCUCUGUUUCUUGAAUAUUGGUUCUUCGUUACUAUUAGAGAUAUCUGAGAUGAAGAUGUAUUGUCACUGCCCUUUGGCUUCCAUGGAAACUGAACAAGAAUGCUUUGCAGAUGCAGAAGACACAAUGGGUGCAAGCUGCUGUGACCCGAGAGCUAUUCAACAUGUGGAGUCAUGGACAAACAUUCUGCCAGAGAUUCUAGAUUUUAACCAACAUCAAAAGCAAAAGCGGUUCAACAGUAAAGUAUACUGUUGCAAGAUAUGCUUUUUAGAGAAAUUUGGAAGUGACUGUUUGUGUUUUACUAACUGUGAACAUGUGUACUGUAACACUUGCCUCAGGGAAUAUUUUGAAAUCCAAAUCAAGGACGGUGCUGUUCAUUCACUCGUCUGUCCAGAACCAAAGUGCCCUUCUGUUGCCACUCCAGCACAGGUAAAACAAUUGGUUGGUGAAGAUACAUUUUCCCGUUAUGACCGCCUCUUGCUUCAGAAUGGUCUGAGCCUAAUGACAGAUGUUGUAUACUGUCCACGAGUAAGCUGUCAAACUGCAGUGGUGAAAGAGCCAGACGGUGAAAUGGGUGUUUGCAGUAACUGUUUGUUUGCAUUUUGCACCAAGUGUAAUCUGACUUACCAUGGAAUUUCUCGUUGUUAUGAUGAAGUAGAAGAAGAACUAGAAAAUUCAGUAAAUGAUGGCAAACCUGCUGCUGAGACUGCUGCUGUCACUGAAAAUGCAAAGUCCAAUGUGCAAGUACCCAAAAGGGUUUCAAGAAACAGACGUGCAGACAAGAAAGAGAAUGAAAAAUGGGUUAAAGAAAAUACCAAACGAUGCCCUAAUUGCCAUUCACCUGUAGAGAAAGAUGGUGGCUGCAAUAAAAUGAUCUGCGGUCGUUGUGGACAUAUCUUCUGCUGGAUCUGUCUCCGUUGUAUUGAAGAUAAUCCAUAUGAGCACUUUCGGGAUCCAAAUUCAAAAUGCCCUCGUGAAAUGUGGUAGGAUCAGGUUCGAAAGUAUUACUUUUUGCAAAACCUGCUUUCUAAGCUCAAGACUGUUUAUGGGUAAAUGGAGAAGCUAAGCAUACCCAGAAUGGAAAACUAUUAUAUUUUUGGUCCACAUUACCGAGAAGAUACUGAUAAAGACUGUUAUUUUCAAAUAUUAUAUCAUCGGAUGUGAAUAUUUUCUAAUACAUGACCAGUUGUUAUUUUGGGGUUUCCUCUUUUAAAUGAAAAGUAAAUUCUGUCUUUAUUAAGCUAGGCACACUGAAUUCAGAUUAGUGCCCCUACUUUGAAUAACACUCUAAUUAUGGAAUUUUUAUGUAUAUGUUAAUGGCACUUACAAAGUAUGCCGGUAGAGAGACCGCGUUUUUAAGUUUCCAAGGUUGUACCAGCUAUAACUGAUUCUUUCAUGUUGCAGUAAUAGGGACUGUAUGAUAAACUCCCUGAAUCUUGAUUCUAAGAUGUUAGUUUCAGAAACUCAUUGUUAUGGAAUAUCUGCAUUUUAUAUGUCUUAAUUUCAGAAAUGUAAAAUGUGAUAAAAUUACAUUUUGGCAAAACA